CCCCGAGGUCCUCCGCGCUCCUCCUCACCCGCCCGCCUGCGCGCUCAGACGGUGUGUGUGUGUGUGUGUGUGUGUGUGUGUGUGUGUGUGUGUGUGUGUGUGUGUGUGUGUGUGUGUGUGUGUGUGUGUGUGUGUGUGUGUUUGCUGCUGGGAGCGAGUCGAGCAGCGGAGGACACUUUCCCCUCUUCACUCCAACAUGCUCACUGCUUCGGCUGCGGACUGGCUCUAGAUCACACGGUGAAGCAACACAACUCCAUGAGUUUGAUUUGGCCCGUCGAUGUCGAGCAGCUCCAGCAUUAGGGACGCAGCCCACAGACCCACAGUGAGCUAGUCGCGCCGCUCCCGGUUCCCAUCAUCCUCUUCCUCCUCUUCCUCUCGCGGCUCCGCCAUGUUUCCCUUCGCCUGCCCUUCCUCCUUCCUCUUCCUCCUCCUCGCCGCCCUGCUUCCUGCCUGCCAGCCGGAGUCGCAGCGCGUCGACCCGAGCGCCGAGCCCGAGCCUCGGACGGCGCUGCCCUCGUCGGCCGCCGCCUCGCUGGCGCCGUCGCUGCUGUACGGGAACAGCUCCACCUCUGGCCGUCUGGAUAAGUGCGACAAGAAGACGGUUUGCACGGAGGGCAUCCUGCUGCCGGUGUGGGAGCCCAAGCAGCCGGGCCUCGGGUACCAGGUGGCCCGCGCCGUGGUCUACUUCGUGUCCCUGAUGUACAUGUUCCUGGGAGUGUCCAUCAUCGCAGACCGCUUCAUGGCGUCCAUCGAGGUCAUCACCUCCCAGGAGAAGGAGGUGACCAUCACCAUGCCCAACGGGGAAACGUCCGUGGCGACAGUUCGCAUCUGGAACGAAACCGUCUCCAACCUGACGCUCAUGGCUCUGGGCUCCAGCGCUCCGGAGAUCCUGCUGUCGGUGAUCGAGGUGUGCGGUCACAACUUCGAGGCCGGCCAGCUGGGGCCGGGGACCAUCGUCGGCAGCGCAGCCUUCAACAUGUUCGUGAUCAUCGGGAUCUGCGUGUGGGCCAUCCCCAACGGCCAGUCGCGCAAAAUCAAACACCUCCGGGUUUUCUUCAUCACCGCCUUCUGGAGCAUCUUCGCCUACAUCUGGCUCUACCUCAUCCUGGCUGUCAUAUCGCCGAGCGUCGUGGAGGUCUGGGAAGCUCUGGUGACGCUGCUCUUCUUCCCGGUCUGCGUCCUCCUGGCCUGGAUCGCCGAUCGCCGUCUGCUCUUCUACAAAUACAUGGGCAAGCGUUACCGUGCCGACAAGCGCCGCGGCAUCGUCGUGGAAACCGAGGGGGACCUGACCCCCACCAAAGGCGGCAUGGAGAUGAUCGCCGACGGCAAGCUGCCGCGGGGAAGCGCCGUGGCUCCCGCUGAGAACGGCAGCGAUGGAGCGGCGGGCGCCACGGCGAACAACACCGCCGCGGCGGCCGCCAGGGGCAACCUGCCCAACUCCAACAGCGCCACGGUGAACAUGGAGAGCGGCAGGGAGCUGGACGAGAGCCGCAAGGAGGUGAUUCGCAUCCUGAAGGAGCUGAAGCAGAAAUAUCCCGACAAAGAGCUGGACCAGCUGGUGGAGCUGGCCAAUUACUACGCGCUGCUGCACCAGCAGAAGAGCCGCGCCUUCUACCGCAUACAGGCGACCCGGAUGAUGAUCGGAGCCGGAAACGUCCUGAAGAGGCACGUCGCCGACAACGCGCGGCGCGUGGUGGUGGCCGACGAAGAGGAGACCGAGGAAGACGACCUGGGCGUCUGCAGCCACAUCUCCUUCGAGACGGCCCACAGUCAGUGCAUGGAGAACUGCGGCGUUCUCACGCUGGCCGUGGUCUGCCAAGGCGGUUUGGGGGAGAACACUUUCUACGUGGAUUACAGGACCGAAGACGGUUCUGCUAACGCCGGAUCCGACUACGACUACAGCGAGGGAACCCUGGUGUUCAAACCCGGAGACACUCAGAAAGAGAUCAAGGUCGGCAUCAUCGACGACGACAUUUUCGAGGAAGACGAACACUUCUUCGUCCGCCUGCUCAACCUGAGGGUCGGCGACGCCGAGGGGAUGUUCGAGAGCGACGAGGCGGGCAGCGCGCCCAAAGCCCGGCUCGUCGAGCCCCUGGUCGCCACCGUGACCAUCUUGGACGACGACCACGCCGGCAUCUUCACGUUCAGCGAGCGCCUGGUGCGCGUGAGCGAGAGCGUGGGCACCAUGGAGGUGACGGUGGUGCGAAACUCGGGCGCCAGAGGCACCGUGGUUCUGCCGUACCACACCGAGUCUGGCAGCGCCAUGGCGGGCGAGGACUACGAGGAGGCGCGCGGCGAGCUGGAAUUCACCAACGACCAAACCACUCAGACCCUCCAGGUGAGGAUAAUCGAUGACGAAGAGUAUGAAAAACAUGAAAACUUCUUCAUCGUUCUGGAGGAGCCGCGCUGGCUGAAGAGAGGAAUCUCAGCUCUGCUGCUUAACCAAGCUGAGGGGCAGCUGAGCGUCGAGGAGGAGGAGGCCCGGCGGAUCGCUGAGAUGGGGAAGCCCAUCCUGGGGGAGCACAGCCGCCUGGAGGUCGUCAUCGAGGAGUCCUACGAGUUCAAGAGCACCGUGGACAAGCUGAUCAAGAAGACCAACCUGGCGCUGGUCAUCGGCACUCACUCCUGGAGGGAGCAGUUUGUGGAGGCGGUCACCGUCAGCGCAGGUGACGGAGACGAUGAGGAGGAAGGACGAGAGGAGCGGCUCCCGUCCUGCUACGAUUACGUCAUGCACUUCCUCACAGUCUUCUGGAAGGUUCUGUUCGCCUGCGUCCCGCCCACAGAGUACUGGAACGGCUGGGCCUGCUUCAUCGUGUCCAUCAGCGCCAUCGGCUUCCUCACCGCCAUCAUCGGCGACCUGGCGUCGCACUUCGGCUGCACGGUGGGGCUGCAGGACACCGUGACCGCCGUGGUGUUCGUGGCUCUGGGAACCUCCAUCCCAGACACUUUCGCCAGCAAAGUGGCCGCCAUCCAGGACCAGCACGCCGACGCGUCAGUGGGGAACGUCACCGGCAGCAACGCCGUCAAUGUCUUCCUGGGGAUCGGCGUGGCGUGGUCGGUGGCCGCCAUCUACUGGGCCAUCAAGGGGAAGCAGUUCAAGGUGGACCCGGGUUCGCUGGCCUUCUCCGUCACACUCUUCACCAUCUUUGCGUUCGUCUGCAUGGCGGUGCUGCUGUUCCGGCGCCGGCCCUCCAUCGGCGGCGAGCUGGGCGGCCCCAGGUCGUCGCGCCUGCUCACCACCAUGCUCUUCAUUGGCCUCUGGCUGCUCUACAUCUUCUUCUCUAGCCUGGAGGCCUACUGCCACAUCAAGGGCUUCUAGUCUCCUUAGGGCGCAGAGGCCGGUCCAACGCAACGCGACCACAGACACGUGUUCAUAUGUAAACAGAUCAUUGGAGGAAAAACUGAGCAGGUUUUAAAAUGAGCUGGGCUGUGAUGUCACACCCGGGCGGGUUCACUAAAACAUAUUCCCUCCUGUCUGCAGCAACUUUCAUGUUUUACGCCGAGGAGGUGGAGAAAAAGAGUCAAAUGUUUACAAACCGCUAAAAUCACACAUGUUUACCGCAGCAGGUCCUCCAUGUGUGCUGUAAAUAGACCGGACGCUGAAAACGUUUCAGAGGAGGAAAAAUAGUCCCAAAAUGUGAUUAAUUAGCAGGAAGUGAGUUUAGACGUGUCUCUUUAGCGCCUAGUCUCUGUGGGAGGACGGUUUUGCAUGCACAAAACGCAACCAAGCUGUUGCACAGGAAAUACCCAGAUCCCCACCUGAGCCGUCUGCUCAGUUAGCAUGCAUGCUAAUGGACUCGCCCACUGCUGCAGCAGUAGAACGACAGUAUUAGUUUACAGAAAAUCUGUCAUUUCGAAACUCAUUCCAGCCAUCAACACGUCCACGUUGAUGCUCGCAUGGCACAGAUGCCUUAAGGAAAAAAACUCACAGAAAUGUGGUUUUCAGGCUUCUAGCUGUACAAACCGCCGCAGCUGUCUCUAACAGUGUUAAACUUUAGUUCUGUGCAAUAUUUAAAGCUGGUUCUGCUAUAAAAUAACACUGGAUCCAGUAGAAAUAGACGUUUGGAGAACAAGUAGCAGGAAGCACCAGAUGAAAUGUUAUUAUUGUUGUUCAGAUUUUUAACUCAGAAACUCCUGAAACUAACAGCUGCUAAACAAACUGCGAGGAACAAAACCCUGAACCGCACAAAAAUAAAUUAAAAAACCUCCUCAAAUUAAAAUGAAACUGGCAUUUCAGGGUUUUUAUCUUCCAGGUGGAGGAAGAUGCUGGGAAACAACGGGAGUCAUAAUGAGGUCAGGAUUGUUUCAGCAGCAGCUUGAAUCAAUGAGAGAUCAGUAAAAAUCCUUUUUUAUUUUGUAGCUCUUACAUUCUGCAGACGUCAGCCUAAAGUUGCUCAACACGUCAACGCUGUUAUGACAUCGUGGCAGAUUUGAGUCGUUUACCCAAAGUAACACUUUGUAAACUUUCUAAAAGUGAUUUUGUAUCUUUUCCUUGCAGGUGAAGCCAAGGUAGAUUUUUUUUAGAUUUCCAGGCGACGUUCAGAUUAACAUAAGCAUGAAGAGCCGUCAUCCGACAUGUUAGUGGAUUAGAUUUUAAUUUGUUUUCCACGUACCUGAGCCAAUCCAACGGUUUAAAAUAUUCAAACAUCGCAACAUUUAAACAGCCUGCUGCCCCAUAUGGAAGGCUGAAACUGCCAAAAUCAGGAAGAAAUGUAAAUAAUUCACACAUAGAAAAUAUGUCAAAAUAUUUGAUUUUACUGUGGGACUGGAUUUAAAUUUUGAAUCAAGUUAAUUACAGGAUCUGUAACUAAUUAAGCAUAUUUUAAUCUGACAAAUUAAGCAACAUUUUGCUAAAUUAUUGAAUAAAUUGACAUAAAUGACCAAAAUACUUCCCAAUGCCUUGAAAAUGAAAAAAAUUUUUAAAAAAUCUUAAAGAAAAAUUUGAUUAACUGAGUUAAAAUGAUUACAGUAUCAAACUCAAUGUAAUUAAUUAAUUAAUCAAAAAUAACACCUUAAUCUCACGGCUCUAAUAUAAAUAGACUCAUUCUAUAAAUUAGAAUAUUAUUUUUUAUUCAGCUCUAUUUUAUAUUUCUCUAUUUUUAUAUCUGUAUAUUUAUUUUAUAUUUAUCACUUUUUUUUAUACUUUUUCUGUUUUAAUGUAAAACAUUUUGUCUCCCACUGUUUUCAAAAUUUGCUGUAGAAAUAAAGUUGAUUGACUAUGAAACAAAUUAUAUGGAUUAAUUAAACAUAGAUUGAUGAUGGAAAAGUCUUUAUUUAUGGUAUGAUGAUUUUCCACUUACAGCUAAUGAAAACAUGACAUUUAAAAUUAGAGUUUUACACAGGAUCAAUAAAAAAAAACAUGCUUGAUACAGAAAUGUGGGCUUAGUGAAAAGUAAAUAAGUAGUUCAAAAGGUUGCUUUAAUCUGACAGAAUGUAUAUUAGAAUAUCUAUCUGAACAUUGCCACUUCCAGUUUAUUUACAUAAUACUUAAUAUUUUAAUACCAGGAUUUAUGGUUGAGUGGAAAAAAAUCCCCCUAUUUUACCUUUUUAACAAUCAAAUUGUGUGUUUUAAAAGUUUCUGUUUCUGUCAUGAGAUCAGUGGAGGCUCUUAAAAAUAGUAAAAAAAUAGUAUUUCUUUUGUCUAAGAGAGGAAAAACAGAAAAAAUGUAAACAAGACACUUCAGGAUUGAAUUCGCAUUGCAUAGAUAUCGAUAUAUUUAUCGAUCCAAUUAUAAGUUUUUGCUAUGUUUUCUCGAUUUUGGCCGGUUCAGUCUUCCAUCGCCGUCUUUCUGUUGAUGUAGAACUAUUUUGAUGAAAUGAUUUAUUUAUUUUCUUAAAGAUGAGCUGCGCUGCGGAGUGAACAGAGUGCGGCCGUUUUGUGCAAUACGCUCCAUGUUGUCUGCUCACGCCUCCUGCCGCAGUGUUUACCGUCUCUGUACAUUUCUACACCCAGUCCCUGUGAGGGAGGCUCUGUAAGUGUAAGUAGCAUGUUUACAUGACGGAAGCGACAGUCUGGCUGCAGGAGAACUGAACAGAACCGGUUUGGACCGGUUCGAAUGAACUGUUUGGAACGAGUCAGGACCGGCUGGAACCUGCUGGAACCAGUAGAAACUGGCUGGAACCUGCUGGAACCAGUCGAAACCAGUUAUAGUUGGUCAAAACCAGUCAGAACUGGUCAGAACUGGUUGGAACCAGCUGGAGCUUGUUGGAACUGGUCAGAACCGGUUGGAACUGGUCAGAACCGGUUGGAACCGGCGCUCCAGACACAGGCCAGCAGCCAGAACCAGAACUGCUCUGUGUUUCCGUGAACUUCUGUACUAACUGUCGGCCCGUUGGGUCUUUGCUGUUCCUUAGAUAGAUGUGGUCACCGCCGCCUCGCCCCUCCCCCACUGUGUUCUGUGUUUCCGUGUUCCUCCGGACAUGCAUGAUGAAUCCGUGUGUUUGUGUGUUAGCAGCAUGGUCUACCCUGAUGGAGACGUUUUAUUUUUUUAUUUUUCUAAGUCAGUCUCCUACAUUUGCACAGAAACGAUGUUUCCUCCGUUCGGCUCAUCCCCCGGUUUGUUUCCUGUGAAAUCUCCGUGUCCGUGUUCGUGUCCCCCCUCCCCCACCCAUUGCUCCUGCCCAAAGCGUCUCUGUGUGAUCUCGUUUUAUGUGAUAAUUAAAAAAGGAUUUGUCUCUGCCUGAACCUCUGUAGGGAAACUGUACGACGGCGAAUUAAGGCCGUUAUUGAUAGAGAAAAAAGUACAUUUAAAAAAAUUCAGCAACUUCAGGAAAAGCUCAGAAAUGUUGAGAUUAACCUGAGAAAUAUUUGCAGAAAAAACUUGACAAUUUCUGAGUUUAAACAUUUGAACACAUUUGAGUUUUAGAAAUAAGUUUUGCAUUUAUUUGGUAGUAAGAAAAAUCUUGGAAAUUUUAAGAUUGAAAAAAAGUAGUUUGAAAAGUCAGUCUUUAAGAACAAAAAGUCUUAUCUGCAAAAUUUGGUAAAAAAUUUUUUGAGAGAUGAAUCUAAACAUUUCUUUAAAAAAGCGUGGAAAUUUCUGAGUUUGAAAAGUCACAAGUUUGCUAGAAAAAAGUCUGAAAUUUUCAGAAUAAUCUCAAUAAUAAUUUAAACUUUUCAAACUUGUAUUUUCUAGAAAAAAUCUGAGAUCAAUCUGAAAAUUUCCAAUUUUUUGGGUGAAAAUUCACUCCUUUUUUUCUAUUUGCAAUGGCCCUAAUACGUUGUCUUAAAACUGACUGAGAUAUUAUAUGAUGUGAUAGACAUAUACAUUAAGUCAAUGUUCUAAUAAAUUAACUGAAGUUUUUUGUAUGAAACGCAACAGAAAAAAAUUCAUGAAAAAAAUCUUGUUUUUGAAAACUUGGCAUGAGAUGUAACGUGUUACUGAAAGAAAAUGAAGGUCUUUAAUCAAGUGAACUUGACCUUAGUUAAAUAUAGUUUAUUUAUUUUCAACGUG